AUGUUAUUCGAUCAUUAUAAAGAACAACAGAAACAGCUUAAGAAAACAACAGUAGUUGUAAAUGACUCUGAAUCCCAAUUGAGAAAUCAAAUUAAUAUAUUUCUAUGGACUAGAACUGCAUUACACCUCACUCGAUUGAUUGAUAAAGAAAGAAAUGUUAUUAAAGAAAGACAUGAGAAAAAACUUUUAUCUUUGAAAAUACCAGUGAAAUCAGAUGGAUUUAACAAUAAGUUAGUCUACAACUUUUCGUAUCGUGUUUUAACUCCUGCUGAAGAAUCUUUGCUAAGUAAAGGCUGGAAAUACGCUGUCACAGUUAAGAAAUUGAACGUACUGAACAUGAAAUGUAAUUUAGAGUAUAUGUACAAUAGUCUUCAACAUUAUGGUUUAUUGAAAGGUCCUGGUACAGCUACUAAAAUCAAAGGACUCUUGAAUGACUUUGGUUUGAACACUGAGAAAAUACUGAAACAUGCGAUUAGCAAUCUUUCCAAAGAAGAAACUGAAGCUAUUACUUUAUCUAAAGAUUCUAAUUUAGUAAUAUCGAAAGUGGAUAAAGGGAACGCGAUCGUGGUGUUAAACAAAGAUGAUUAUUUAUCAAAAGCUCAAGAAUUAUUGAAUGACCAAAGUGCUUUUAAAAAAUUGAAUUCUAAUUUGACAAUCAAACGAGAGCAUGAAUUUAUUAAUUUUCUACUGGAAUUAAAGAGAAACAAACUGAUUACUGAGGAUCAUUAUAAGAUUAUGAGACCAAGAACAGGCAGUAGAACUCCAGAAGCUUAUUUUCUUGUAAAGGUUCACAAGAAUAAUCUGCCUUUAAGACCUAUUAUAUCAAGUUACGACUCUUAUAAUUAUAACACAGCAAAAUACUUAGCCAAUCUCUUAACACCAGCUCUCAGAGAUGCACCGUCUUAUGUGAAAGAUACAUUCGACUUCGUGGAUAAAAUUCAAAACAAUAAACAAAUGCCAGGUUUACUCUGCUCUCUGGACGUUUCAUCAUUGUUUACCAAUGUGCCCUUAGAGAAAGCUAUUCCUAUUGCUAUUGAAAAGAUCAGAAAAUAUCAUCCUCUUCUACCUAUUGAUGAUACGAAUUUGAAAGAGCUGUUCUACUACUGUACUAAAACAACUAAUUUUAAAUUUAAUAAUGAAAAUUACGACUAG